AUGGUCGACAAGAAGCAGCACAACUACCAGCAACUCGCUCAGACCGAGCAGGACGCACCUCCGACUUACGACGACGCAGUCAGCCUCGUGACGAGAACCGGCGGACUGGUGGUGUCGCAACCGCUCGCCACGCCGCAAAUGAGCAUCGCAGGCGCGCGCAACCCCAAGUCCAAGCCAGUCGGCUUCGACGGACAGAGGGACUGGAACCAUGGGCUGUGCGACUGUCUCGAGCGACCGGGCUUGACCAUCGGCGCGUGCUGCUGCCCCUGCAUGGUCUACAACGACAACCGCACUCGCCUCACACACCUCUACCAAUCCGGUCAACCCGCCCCCUCCCCCUCCUACUGCGGCCUAAGCUGCCUCCUCUACGCUCUCGCGCCCCAAGUAGCAGGCAUCGGACAGAUGGCUCUCCAGUGCAUGGCGCGCUUCCAGACGAGGAACAGGUAUGCGAUUCGCGGGAACGCGGUGGAGGAUGUGCUUGUCGGCGCCUUCUGCGCACCCUGCUCGCUCGUCCAGGAAUCGCGCGAAAUCGAAGAUGAGGAACAAGCCUUGCGUGCGGGCGUGCUCGGCACCGAUGCUCCGCCUCCGACGGUCGAAGGAGCGUACCGCGACGAGGUGGGAGACGAGGAGCGUGCGGUGGGCAACUAG